AUGUUCUUCUCGACUGUCGCACUCUGGGCUCUCAUCGCCCCUGCCACGAACGGCGCUGUGUUCAUGCAGUGUUCAUCACCCGAAAUCCAGCCUAAUCUUCUGAGCGGUGUCGUCAACGCAGUCACAACUACUCUCUCCCCGGCCGCCGAGUUCAACGGUUGUCGCCAGUACUGCGUUGAGAAGAACAUGGUCUUCUCGAUCUACCAGCCUGGUCUCGCGGGCCUGCUCGCCUCGUGCUUCUGCGCCGCUCUGGAGCCCGAGGCUGAGUACGUCACCAAGGCCAAGGACCCUGCUGGAAACUGUCUUCCCGGCUCCUAUGCUGUCUCGUACCUCCCCUCAGCCCCGUGGUCGUUCACCUCUUGCGCUACUGGCUCCACUGUCUCUGGCGGCCCCCCUCCAUUCGAGAGCUACCAGAACUCCAAGUGCUUCAAGGACUGUGCCGCUUACAAGCACAUGUCUAUGGUGAGCACUGAAGACGGCAGCUACAUGUGCACUUGUGGCAACACUCUCGUUGCUGGCACUCCUGCCACCUGCGACCGCGGCGUUGCCCAGCUCUACACCACCGGUGCCACCGCCUCCGGAGUCGCCCGCCGCAACAAGAUCGCCCGUGAGGCCGCCCGCCGCAACGCCAAGCGCACUCUCUGCCCCGACUUCCAGACCGCCUGCAUCAUUCCCGGAACCGACUCGUUCGAGUGCCUCGACACCGGCAUGGAGCUCACCUCGUGCGGUGGCUGCAGUGAUGGUGUCUUCGACCCUCCUCUCGAUGCUGAGUUCACCGCCGGUGUUGACUGCACCGCCCUUCCUGGUGUCGCUGCCGGCGCUGUUUCUUGCGAGUCGGGCCAGUGUGUCAUCUGGGAUUGCGCCAGCGACUACGCCCUUGUGGACGGCGCUUGCGUUGCUCUCGGCGCCUGA